AUGGCGCUGGCGAAAGUGCUGAACACUUUUGGCCUCGAGCUCUUCAGAUAUCUGUCGAAGACGCAAUCCGAGAAUGUGCUCGUGUCUCCGCUGUCCUUGUCCGUGUGCAUGUCGAUGGUGCUGGCUGGAGCCACUCCUGACUCCGUCACGGAGAAGGAGCUGAUGAAAGUCCUUGGCGCGCCGAUCCGCAAAGUGCCUCUGGGCAGUGCAGAGAUGGCGAACUCUGCAUGGGUCAAGGCCGGAAUCAAAGCGGAGUACAUUGAGGCCAUGAAGGCGGACUUCAGCGCAGAGGCCCUCACGCUUCCCAGCUGUGAUCCGGCACCCAUCAACAAAUGGGUCAGUUCCAAGACGCAGGGAUUGAUCCCUGAACUCUUUUCAGGGCAGCUAGAUCCAUUGACCGUCCUGGUCCUGGUGAACACCAUCUUCUUCAAAGGAUCUUGGGCAAGUGUCUUCAACAGUGACUUGACCUCGAAUGGCUUCUUUCAAGGCUUUGACGCGAAGCUUCCCUGCGAUAUGAUGUUCAAGAAGGAUCUCUUCUGA